CUGGGACCCUACCUCCAGCCCCGCUCGCCUUGCGCCCCGUGCAGGUGAAGAAGGCCCAGAAGAGGCACCUCUCGUUGUCGGAGCCAGACCCCCCAAAGUCCCCUGAGCAGCCGCCCCCCAAACAGCAACUCGUGAAGCCGGAGCCCCCGGAGCAGCCGCCCCCGGAGCAGCGGCCUCCGCCCCUCCCGGAGCGACGCCCCCGGAAGCGCCCGGCGGCCCUGCUGGAAGCCCAGGAAUCGGCGCAGGAUGCCGUAGUGGCAUGCUGCGCCAGCUGCCAGAACUACUUCCCCGGGGUGAUGCUGCCCAGCCAGAGACGCUGCCGCUGGCUGUGCCCGGACUGCCGAGCCCAGAGAAGAGACUUCAACAGGGAGCAGCGGUUCUUCAAGCGGGUGGGCUGUGGGGCCUGCCAGGCCUGCCAGAUCCCCGAGGACUGCGGCAUCUGCACCGUGUGCGCUGUGCGGGCCAAGAACCCCGAGCUCCGGAUCGGCAGGAAAUGCCUCCUGCGCCGCUGCCUGAAAAUCGUCAAGAAGGGCUUCGGCUGCGGCGUGUGCCAGGGCUGCCAGGCCACCGAGGACUGCGGCAGCUGCUACAUCUGCCUGCGGAGGCUGAAGCCCGGCCUGAAGCGGCAGUGGAAAUGCCUGAAACGCCGCUGCCUCAAGAAGAAGCAGAAAUCGGUGGUGGCGAAGAAGGCAGGGUACGGCCCCCGGAAACUGACCGUAGACGGGCCCCCCGCCAAGCCCCAGCUCGCCCCAGGGAGGCGCCGCAGGAGGCUGCCAGCGGCCGGGCCCAGCGCUGUGAGUGGGUGUGAGCAGCGGGGAGCACUUCUGGGAUACCGCGCCACCCCCGGCGGGGACGGCCUGGCCCCUAAACCUCGGCGCCGUAAGAGAUUAACCGCGGCCGCAGCAGCCACAAAAUGGAAGCCGUCGCUGGAGCGAGACCCCGGCGGCCUCUCAGGCUCCCGGCGCAGGAAACAGCUGGGUAAAGUGAAGGAGAAGAAGAAGCCGGGGCGGCCACCGAAACACCCGAGUGCCAGGGCCCGGAGCAGCGUGCUCUGCUCCAAGAGCCGGCGGAACCGCAAGUGCGGGGAGUGCGAGGCCUGUCUGCUGAAAGCCGACUGCGGCCGCUGCGACUUCUGCCGGGACAAGCCCAAGUUCGGUGGCGAGAACCUCAAGCGCCAGAAGUGCCGCUGGAGACAGUGCCUGCGCUUCGCAAUGAAGCGGCUGCUGCCGGCGGUGUGGAGCCGCGGGCAGGCGGAGGAGGGGGCGGGGGCGCUGGCCCCCCGGAAGGCCUGGAGGCGCAGGAUCGGCCGCAGCCGCCAGCCGGCCCGGAUCAAGCAGGUGGGGCGGCGGGUCAAGGGGAGCGGCCAGCAGCGCUGGGCUCGGGGCAGUGCCCCGCCGCAGGAGAAGGAGUGCCCGCCGGGCGGGGAGCUGCGGUUCCUGGCGGAGAAGGGGGUUGCCGAGGCGCCCGGGCAGCUGGUGCUGCUGAAGGAUCGGCCGGGCAGGGACUUCGUCCUGCUCCGCGACGCCCCCCAGAGCUUCCCCCUCCUGCUGCAGCACGUGAAGGAGGAACCAGCCACACCCCCGCCCCCUGCCCACCUGGAGGUGCCGGCCGGGGUGCCCCUGCGGAUGGAGGGCCGGGGGCUGGCCAGGGAAGUGGUGGUUCUGGACCCAGCUGACAAGGACGAGGAGGAGGAGGAGCGCACCCCGGUGAUCAUGGAGAUCUACAGCCUGGGGGCGCUGGCGGGGCGGGCGCCCCUGGACCCGGUGCUGCGGGAGUUCCUGGCUGAGCUGCAGGAGAUCCCGUUGCCGGCCCACUGGGAGGUGCAGCCGCCCCUGGGGGGCCCCGACCUGCGGCUGGUCCAGCGCUCGGCCCGCUCCACCAUGGCCGCCACCGUCAUCCACAUCCGCCCGGGCCUCUUCUUCCAGGUGGUGGCGCGCCAGCUGCCCGUGCCCCCCGAGCACGAGGUCUACGCCAGCCACCCCGCCCGCCUCACCACCGUGGACGAGGUGGUGGAGCUGAUCUGCGACCUGGAGGCCUAUCGGCUCUGCCCCGGCUGGCCGGCCGGCUGGCACGCCGGGCAGCGCUCCCAGGCCUGCGACGUGCUGGUCUACUCGGGCUGCUGCCCGCAGUGCCGCCUCAACCCCUGGCCCUCGGGCAGCGCCGGCCCCUAGUGUCCCCUCCCGCCCCCCCAGAGCUUCUAUUUUUGACACUGGAAUCGGCUGGACCCUGCCGGGUUGGGGGGGGGGGGAGG